UGAAAACUGAAGUUGGAAAAGAUUGUAAAACCCUUUGACUCUCCACAGUAGAGUCUCUUGUUUCUCUGGCUUCCUCAAGUUCACACUCGCAGGGUUAUUGACUGCAGAUUGCAGUCACCAUGUCUGACUCAGUAAUUCUUCGCAGUGUGAAGAAAUUUGGAGAGGACAAUUAUGGUUUAGAGUCAGAAAGAUUCCAUAACAAUGAUAAGAAUUCAAGGUUACAAGAUGAGAGGAAAGGUGACAGCAGUCCAGUUGGCUUCUUUCAAUUGUUUCGAUUCUCUUCAACGACUGACAUUUGGCUGAUGUUUGUGGGAAGUUUAUGUGCAUUUCUCCAUGGACUAUCCCAUCCAGGCGUGCUGCUCAUUUUUGGCACAAUGACAGAUGUUUUUAUUGAAUAUGACACUGAAUUACAACAACUCAAGAUCCCUGGAAAAGCAUGUGUGAACAACACUAUAGUAUGGCUCAACAGCUCCCUUAACCAGAAUGUGACAAAUGGAACUCAGUGUGGGUUGCUGGACAUUGAAAGUGAAAUGAUCAAAUUUGCCAGUUACUAUGCUGGGAUCGCUUUGGUAGUACUUAUCACAGGAUAUAUGCAAAUAUGCUUUUGGGUGAUUGCUGCAGCUCGUCAGAUACAGAAAAUGAGAAAAAUUUCCUUUAGGAAAGUAAUGCGAAUGGAAAUAGGAUGGUUCGACUGCAAUUCCGUGGGAGAGCUGAAUACAAGAUUUUCUGAGGAUAUUAACAAAGUCAAUGAUGCCAUUGCCGACCAAAUGGCCGUUUUCAUUCAGCGCAUGACCACGAGCAUCUGUGGGUUCCUGCUGGGAUUUUACCAGGGUUGGAAACUGACCCUGGUCAUUAUCUCUGUGAGUCCUCUCAUCGGGAUUGGAGCGGCCAUCAUUGGUCUGAGUGUGUCCAAGUUUACGGACUAUGAAUUGAAGGCCUAUGCCAGAGCAGGGUCAGUGGCUGAUGAAGUCAUUUCAUCUAUGCGAACGGUGGCUGCUUUUGGUGGUGAAAAAAAAGAGGUUGAAAGGUACGAGAAAAAUCUUGUGUUUGCCCAGCGUUGGGGAAUUAGAAAAGGGAUCGUGAUGGGAUUCUUUACUGGAUUCAUGUGGUGUCUCAUCUUCCUCUGUUAUGCACUGGCCUUCUGGUAUGGCUCCAAACUUGUCCUAGAGGAUGGAGAAUAUACGCCAGGAACCCUUGUCCAGAUUUUCCUCAGUAUUCUAUUAGGAGCUUUAAAUCUUGGCAAUGCAUCUUCUUGUCUGGAAGCCUUUGCGACUGGGCGUGCAGCGGCCACCAGCAUUUUUCAGACAAUAGACCGGAAACCCAUCAUUGACUGCAUGUCAGAGGAGGGUUACAAGUUGGAUCGAAUUAAGGGUGAAAUUGAAUUCCAUAAUGUGACCUUCCACUACCCUUCCAGGCCAGAGGUGAAGAUUUUAGAUAACCUCAGCAUGGUCGUUAAAUCAGGGGAAAUGACAGCUGUGGUAGGAUCCAGUGGAUCCGGCAAAAGCACAGCCUUGCAGCUUAUUCAGCGUUUCUACGACCCCAGUGAAGGCAUGGUGACUUUAGAUGGCCAUGACCUUCGCUCUCUUAACAUUCAGUGGCUUAGAGCUCAGAUUGGGUUGGUGGAGCAAGAGCCCGUUCUGUUCUCCACCACCAUUGCAGAGAACAUUCGUUAUGGCAGAGAGGACGCAACAAUGGAAGAUAUAGUUCGAGCUGCCAAGGCAGCCAAUGCCUACAGCUUCAUCAUGGACCUGCCACAGCAAUUUGACACUCUUGUCGGAGAGGGAGGAGGCCAGAUGAGUGGUGGCCAGAAGCAAAGAGUGGCCAUUGCCAGAGCCCUUGUCCGAAACCCCAAGAUCCUGCUUUUGGACAUGGCCACCUCGGCACUGGACAACGAGAGUGAAGCCAUGGUACAAGAGGCACUGAGUAAGAUUCAGCAGGGACAUACGAUCAUUUCAGUUGCUCAUCGCCUGUCCACAGUCAGAGCUGCAGAUGUCAUUAUUGGUUUUGAACAUGGUACAGCGGUGGAAAGAGGCACCCAUGAGGAACUGUUGGAACGGAAAGGAGUCUACUUCACUCUAGUGACUUUGCAGAGUCAAGGUGAUCAGGCUGCUAACGUAGAAGGCAUAAAAGGAGAAGAUAAAACGGACGGGGCCUCACUUGACAACAAACAGACCUUUUGCAGAGGGAGCUACCAGGCUAGUUUAAGAGCUUCAAUCCGAGAACGCUCCAAGUCUCAGCUUUCUUACUUGGUACAUGAACCUCCAUUAGCUGUUGUAGAUCAUAAGUCUACUUAUGAAGAAGACAGAAAGGACAAGGACAUUCCUGUGGAAGAAGAAAUUGAACCGGCCCCAGUUAGGAGGAUUCUGAAAUUCAAUGCUCCAGAGUGGCCCUACAUGCUGGUAGGGGCGGUGGGUGCUGCUGUCAAUGGGUCGGUCACACCACUCUAUGCCUUUUUAUUCAGCCAGAUUCUUGGGGCAACCGGCUCUCAAAUCGGAAUGAUGGUCAAUUCCUUCACGAACGUCACUGUGGCCAUGAUCAUUGCCUUCUUCUUUAGCUGGAAGCUAAGCCUGGUCAUAAUGUGCUUCUUUCCCUUCUUGGCUUUAUCGGGAGCCAUACAGACCAGAAUGUUGACAGGAUUUGCCUCUCAAGACAAGGAGGCUCUGGAGAUCGCUGGCCAGAUUACGAAUGAAGCCCUCAGUAAUAUCCGCACUGUUGCUGGGAUUGGAAAGGAGAGGCAGUUUAUUGAAGCAUUUGAGGUUGAGCUGGAGAAGCCAUUCAAGACUGCCUUUCGAAAAGCGAAUGUUUAUGGAUUAUGCUUUGGUUUUUCCCAGUGCAUGGUGUUUGUUGCUAAUUCUGCUUCCUACAGAUAUGGAGGUUACUUAAUCCCCAACGAAGGGCUCCAUUUCACCUAUGUGUUCAGGGUGAUCUCUUCAGUUGUAUUGAGUGCAACAGCUCUUGGAAGAGCCUCCUCUUACACCCCUAGUUAUGCCAAAGCCAAGAUAUCAGCUGCACGCUUUUUUCAACUGCUGGACCGACACCCCCCAAUCAAGGUGUACAGUAGUGCAGGUGAAAAGUGGGACAACUUCCAGGGCCAGAUUGACUUUGUUGACUGUAAAUUUACAUAUCCUUCUCGACCUGAUAUACAAGUUCUGAACGGUCUCUCAGUAUCGGUUCGUCCAGGUCAAACGCUGGCCUUUGUUGGAAGCAGUGGAUGUGGCAAAAGCACGAGUAUUCAGCUGUUGGAGCGUUUCUAUGAUCCUGACCAAGGGGAGGUGAUGAUAGACGGGCAUGACAGCAAAAAAGUCAAUGUCCAGUUUCUCCGCUCGAACAUUGGGAUUGUUUCCCAGGAGCCAGUGUUGUUUGCCUGUAGCAUCAUGGACAAUAUCAAGUAUGGAGACAACACCAAGGAAAUCCCCAAGGAAAAAGUCAUAGAAGCCGCAAAGCAGGCACAGCUGCAUGACUUCAUCAUGUCCCUCCCAGAGAAAUAUGAAACUAAUGUUGGGGCCCAAGGGUCUCAACUAUCUCGAGGAGAGAAACAACGUAUUGCUAUUGCUCGGGCCAUUGUACGAGAUCCUAAAAUCUUGCUACUAGAUGAAGCUACUUCUGCCUUAGACACAGAAAGUGAAAAGAUGGUGCAGGCCGCCCUGGACAAAGCCAGAGAAGGUCGGACCUGCAUUGUCAUCGCUCAUCGUUUGUCUACCAUCCAAAACUCAGAUAUCAUUGCUGUCAUGUCACAGGGGAAAGUGAUUGAAAAGGGGACCCAUGAAGAACUGAUGGGCCAGAAAGGAGCCUACUACAAACUCGUCACCACAGGAGCCCCCAUCAGUUGAGCUGACUCAAGAACGUCGUGUACAGAUGAGGCACCAAUUACAGGAGGGCCGUGGGUUUUUUUUUUUUUCCUUUAAGGAGAAAUGAUAAUAUUUUACUUUUACAGACAUUGUCAUACACUCGGAUCCAAGCUAAUUUCUAAUGACCUUCAAUAAUAUCUUAGUUUUAAAAAUCUGUAUAUAGAAAAUGAAAGAAACUAGGGUUAGUGUGAGUGAGAAUCCAAUGUCAAGCAGGUGCUCAGCCAUUACCCAGUGGCUUUCUCCAUGCAGAAGCCAGCCCCAGUUACUACAUGGGAAUCAACAAGAAGUCACAGAGUAAAUGAGACUUUGAAUUCCUCAAGGCAGAGGACUAUCCUUCGAAUUUUUGAAACUUCAGUGUACACAGAGCCUAGUGCACUUACAAUAGGCACUCAAUGCCUGUUUAUCAAGCUGGACCAAGGUCAUAUGUGAAGAGAACAGGAGGACUGACAACCAACUAUUUCUUGACUAAAAUUUUCUUGCAAGUGAAAGCAGAUUCAUUCAUCUGUAAGGAUGAGGACAGGAAAGGGAGGGCUUUGAGGCUGGGAAAGGCAGAAAGGGGCAAGAAUUUGCAGGGACUUACCAGUUAGGAGUGUGGAUUUAUAGAUUCAGGGUGUAGUAGGUGGGUGGUGGAGUCAACAUUGACUGCACUACAAUUGGCCAAGGUGGCUUUUUUUGUAUAACACUGUAUGAAGCUACAACAAGAUAAAAGGCACUGUCUUCAUUUCAGGAAUAGACUGGAGAGGCAAAGGACAGCACGCUGGGAUAAAGGUUCCAUCCCAGGCCUUUAAUCCUUGUCACCACCCUCCACACUGGUUGCCUGUAUGGGAACAGAAGUACACACCUCUCCUGCAGUAGGAUGGCUGCCCUUCUCUAAUUCUAGCAAAAGAAUUGGGGAAGCUCACUGAGAAACAUGCACUUAGAGACCCAAGUCACAUUUGAAGGGGUGGCUAAAGACAAGGGGAUUGAAUAUAAAGCGAUAUAUGAACAGAAAAAAAAAAAAAUUCCAGCUCCCUCCUCCCCUGGCAGGAGAUUUUAGGAGUAGCCUCUGGGGAAACUGGAGAAUCCAGUUAAAAGGAAAGAGACUAUCUUUUAAUGAGGUAUAAUGAGGUAUAAAAGAGACUACAGAAAAGAGACUACCAGGGGCAGAGAGCCUCCAAAGAAACUCCCCAACCAGAUUGCUCUACCUUGAAGCCCACCUGCCAAAAACACAUACCCUUUGGCUUUUCAGUGUCUCACCCUUCCAUAGGAAUAGAUUGUCAAGAAUCACCAGGCACUGAGGAGAUAUUUUAACACAAAAAACAAAAUGACAACAAUAGACUGCCCAGAACAAGGACAUUAGAGGUAACAGAGCCAAUGCAAAGAUUUGGAAAACAAAGAAUGCCCAUAAAUUCGCAUAAUGAGAUGAGAAAAUAGUCCCAUCUAUUUAAAUAAAAACAAGAGUUCAUAAAAAUGAACAUGCAAAUAAAAUACAAAAAAGAGCUCUUGACAACUGAGGUGAAAAAUUCAGUAGCAGCUCCUAUCAAGUCGUCCCGCCCUCAAGAUGUCUUCCUGCUCUAUCUCUUUCCCAAAUGCACUCGAUGUGUAUAUAUAUAUAUUUUCUUCCCAUGGCCAACAAGUGAAAUUCUGCCUACAAAUUAAGCUUGAGCUGUUGUAUAAUGAGAUAUAUUAUUUAUGUGUCUGUCCAGUGUUCCCUGGUAAAUAACCAUAAAGGUGGUUUAGCAAGGUCACUAGUCAGGUCAGAAGAAAUGAUGGUUGCCAAGUCAGGGGGCGGAGAGGGUAGAGGACAGCAUUUUAGUUAAGUCAAGAAAAAUGGCAGGGACAAGUACAUUGCAGAAUAAAGAUGCCUGCAAGAAGGAAUUAAAUUUUGCAGUAUGCAUGGGCUCGUCCUGUAAUAUUGAAGAAAGGAGACCAAAAUCCAUUUGUGUAAGUGCGCAUUUCAAAGAAGAACAUAAGCUUCGUGCUGGGAGGCUGUCAGUUUCCUGGCGUGCAAUGUGUGAGGUGUGAAAAAUGAAUGAAUAAGAGUCAUUUUUCAAAUAAGGUACUUGAAAGUUAUUGACGAGUGGGAUAAGGUUGACCACAGAGGGUUUGAAAUAAUGUGGGAAAACAUUUGUUUUUUGAGGCUCAGUGACAAGGUAAAGGAUUAUAACCUUAAAAAUAUAGAAUAAAUAAAGUUGCAAAUUUAUUUUACAACACCAGGGAGCGCCAAUAAUUUCAUAUCUAUCCCACAUCCAAUGUUGCUAGCCAAAGAUUUGGUCUCUGCAAUUUUACAUUAUUAAUGUUUCUCAGAUAAAGGGGGUACUUGCUUUCUCUGUUCUAUCUGACACUUAUCUCAAGUCUUUCUAUGAUUUCUAAUGUUUUCAGGAUGGGUUCAUGCUAUAACCCCAAAUAAUAAAAGUUUACAGGAGAAAAAAUAAUUGAAGAAUUGGAAGACAAAGUUGGGGAAAUUUCCCUGAAGGUAAGACAAAAAUAUAGAGCCAAAAAGUAGAAAAAAAGAAAAAGAAAAAUUUUAGAGGAACAACCCAGGAGGUAUAAUAAUUAGCUAAUUGCAGUUCCAGAAAGAAAGAUUAGAGGGGAGUAAAUUAUUAAAUGGUCCAAAGAUAUUUCCUGUAACUGGAGAAUAUAAACUUUCAACUUGAAUGGGUUCAACAAAUGUCGAAUAUAAUAAAUAAGGAAAGAUCCUCUGUGGGCACACUAUUAGGCAAUCUUAGAAAACUGGGAAAAGAAGAUACUCAAAUUUUCCAGGAGAGGGUAGAACAUGUUACAUAUAAUAAAGAAUCAUAAUGACAUAGAAUCUCUUGACAAUAACACUAAUAAAAGUCAGAAGAUGUAAAGAUUUGCCUUCAAAAUUCUGAGGGAAAAUUAUUUCCAUUCUAGAAUUCCAUAUCCUGAAAACUCUUCUCAGGGGUGAGAGAAACCUAAAGAAACUCUCAGUCAUGUAAGGUUUCAAAACUUUCCCUCCCCAUACAUCUUUUCUUAGGAAGCCACAGGAGGCUUUCCCUAAAAUAAAAGUAAAUGAAGAAAGAGGAAGAUAUGGGACCUAGGAAACAGGUGAUCUAACUCAAGAAUGAGGUGAUGGGGGGGCGCCUGGGUGGCUCAGUUGGUUAAGCAUUUGCCUUUGGCUCAGGUCAUGAUCUCAGGGUCCUGGGAUCGAGUCUCCCUGCUGAUCGGGGAGUCUGCUUCUCCCUCUCUCUCUGCCUCUGCCUCUCCCUCACUCUGUCUCUCUUGAAUAAAUAAAUAAAUAAAAGAAUGAGGUGAUGGGAAUAUCCGGGAUGAUUAGGAAGGCAAAUCCCAGGAACCCGGUUUGCUGGCGACUCAGUGAGCAGCCAAGCCUGACUGAAACAAGGAAAUGAGGUUCCACAAGAGUUGUGUCUAGGGAAAAAUGUGAUGCUGCUAGACUAUGGUGACAUUCCCCCUGGCAGAGUUUGCCGAUGUGUUAGCAAUGCAGACAGACAUAGAGAGAGAGAGAGAGAGAGAAAGAGAGAAAGAGAGAGAAGAUUAUUAGCUAUUAACUCUGGAGUAAAAGAAAACUUAUACAUGAAAGGAAAUAUAUUUAUAUUAUACUACAUGACCCACCCAAGAAUGUUAUUUACAAAGCCAUAUCAAUGUAAAUGCUGAAUGCUGAUCUAAACCCAAAUUAGAGACAGGUUAUGGAAAGGGAGAAAAAAGGUGUGGGGAAGCUUGUAUAGCUUCUACUAUGAGGAUAUGUGUGUAUUCCUCAUAUUCCUUGGGUAUGGGUGUAUUCCUCAUAUUCCCUGGU